ACAGCUACCAUUUAUAUUCUUGUUCUAAAGUCUGACUUCUCUUCCUCACAAACCAGACCGAACCACUAAUGGCCACCCUUUGAAUUUCUUACAUUCUGAAGCCAUUACAUUUUCUAGAUCUUUGUCUUCUUCUGUAUCAAUUCAUUUCAUUUCUCAGAGGAAGGCAAAUGAACAAUAUCUUCAAGAGCCCAGUUGAUGCUUUUCUUUUUUCUUUCAUUUUUCUUGCAUGUUCGUUCGCUUAUUUUUGCCAUGGCGCUAACAACCUUACGAAAGGCCAGUCUUUAGAAGACGGGGGUGACACCUUGAUUUCCGCCAACGAAAUCUUCAAACUCGGAUUCUUCAGCCCGGGAAAUUCUAGUCUAAGAUAUAUUGGUAUAUGGUAUAACAAGAUUGAGUUAGUAACGCCUGUGUGGGUUGCAAAUAGAAACAGGCCAAUCUCCAAUGGAAACGGCACUUUAACCAUAGAUAACGAUGGUAAUUUGGUGGUUUUAGACGGCAAUAGCAUUCCAGUUUGGUCAUCUAAUGCUUCAAUUGAGUCAAACAACACAGCUGCAACGCUUGGAAAUGAUGGAAAUCUUGUUCUGUCAAGCAGUGAAAACAUUGGUAAUAUGGGGAAGGCCUAUUGGCAGAGUUUUGACAAUCCAACGGAUACGUAUCUACCAGGCAUGAGACUUCAGUUUAAUCCUAAAAGUGGGGAGAAUCGUGUUUUCACUUCAUGGAAAUCUGCUUCUGAUCCUUCACCAGGAGACUACUCAAUGGGAGUUGAUGCUGAAGGUGCGCCACAGAUAGUGAUGUGGGAGCAAUUAAAAAGGCGGUGGAGGACUGGGCAAUGGGAUUCUCAAAUAUUCACAGGGCUUCCCUUCAUGGCUGCUUUAACAAAUUUCAUUUAUGGGUUCAAGCUCUCUUCUCCUGCACCUGAUGGAAGCAUGUAUUUUUCAUAUAACCAAAUGAAUUCGUCUGAUUUGUUGAGGUUCCGUCUUACCUGGGAUGGAUUCGAAGAGCAGCUAAAGUGGGAUGAGGGUAACAAGAACUGGACUGAGAUACAGUCAGAGCCGCUAAACGAUUGUGAGCUUUACAAUUUUUGUGGGAAUUUUGGGGUCUGCAAGGUAAAUAGUUCUCCCAAAUGCAGUUGUAUGGAAGGUUUUGUACCGAAGGAUGGGGAGCAAUGGAAAAUGGGAAAUUGGUCCGGUGGAUGUGUUAGGAGGAGUGAGUUGCAGUGCCGGAGGAAUACUAGUGAAGCAGAGCAAAGCGGUGGAGCAGACGGUUUUAAAACCUUUAAGGGCAUGAAGUUGCCUGAUUUUUACACCGAAGGAUCUGUGGGGGAUUCUGAAACUUGCAAAGACAAAUGUUUGCAGAAUUGCUCAUGUAAUGCUUAUGCGGAUGUUGAUGGAAUUGGUUGCAUGUUAUGGCUUGGGGAUUUGAUUGAUGUUCAGAAUUUUGAAGAUGGUGGAAAUACACUGAACAUCCGACUAGCUCAUUCUGAAUUAGGAGGCAGCAGCAGAUUAUCCAAAGCUGCAAUAAUAUCAAUUGCCUUGAUUGGAUCAUUCCUGGUGGCUUUAUCUUUGUGGCUUUUGUGGAGAUUCAGGGGAAAACUGAGAGCCAUUGACAAAGUCUCAUCAUUAUCAUGCUGCAAGAGCAACGGGGACGAUCUGCCAAUCAUGGAUGUGAGCAGGAAUGAAGAAUUCUCAACAGAUCUUUCCGGACCAGCUGACAUUCUUAUGGAUGUAAGUCAAGUAAAUGGUGCUGAUUUACCAAUGUUCAAUUUUAGUAGCAUAGCAAUCGCUACAAAUAACUUUUCAGAAGAAAACAAGCUUGGGCAGGGAGGAUUUGGUCCUGUCUACAAGGGAAAGCUUCCCGGGGAACAGGAAAUAGCAGUAAAGAGGCUUUCAAGUAAAUCUGUACAAGGCUUAGAGGAGUUUAAAAAUGAGGUUAUCCUAAUUGCCAAAUUACAGCACAGAAAUCUUGUUAGACUGCUGGGCUGCUGCAUUCAAGGAGAAGAAAUGUUGCUAGUUUAUGAGUAUAUGCCAAACAAAAGUUUGGAUUUCUUUCUAUUUGACCCAGCAAAGCAAGCCCUCCUAGACUGGAAAAAACGUUUUGCAAUUAUUGAAGGAAUUGCGCGAGGCCUUCUCUAUCUUCAUCGAGAUUCAAGACUUAGGAUAAUUCAUCGAGAUCUAAAGGCAAGUAAUAUUUUGUUGGACGAAGAAAUGAACCCGAAGAUUUCAGACUUUGGCAUGGCUAGAAUAUUUGGGGGCAAUCAACAUGAAGCCAAUACAAUCCGAGUUGUUGGCACAUAUGGCUACAUGGCCCCUGAAUAUGCAAUGGAAGGCCUAUUUUCAGUAAAGUCAGAUGUAUAUAGUUUCGGGGUAUUGUUACUAGAGAUCGUUUCUGGCAAGAGGAACAAUAGCUUCCGUUCAUCCGAAUUCUCUAACCUUAUUGGAUAUGCAUGGACACUUUGGAACGAGGGUCGAGCAAUAGAGCUGGUGGAUCCUAGCAUUCAAGAUUCAUGUUCUCAAAGUCAGGUGUUAAGAUGCAUACAUGUAGGGAUGUUAUGUGUGCAAGAUUCUACAAUGCAUAGACCAGAUAUGGCGAAUGUGUUGCUGAUGCUCGAGAGUCAAACUCCGACACUACAAAAGCCUAGAGAACCCACUUUUACAUCUAUGAAGCAUUCCGUGGAUGUUAAUUUUUCCUUGGAAGCUCACGACACCAUGGAUGUUUCAAUAUCAAAAGAAAAAGAGACUUCGACAUCUAUUUGAGUUUAAGCUGGUUCAGGGACAGGCAUGCGUGGAUGGACGCAGGAAACCAUCCCUUUUAACAAGACCAAAAAUGUAUUAGUAAUGGAAUCGAAUAUCUCAAAUCAAGCUUGUAAGAUAUUAAAAAUUUUGGAUGUUAUCAAUACUCGAAUUGCACGUUUAAUUUGUGGAGGUAUUUGUAUAGAAGCCGAAUGAUUUUAUU